UCGCGCCUCAACUCCCUCCCCUUUUCCGGGCAGCCCCGUCCUGUCAGCGAGGCAGUGAGCCCCGCGGCCAGCAGAGGGCGGUCGGGACCCGAGUCUGCAGCGGCGCCAUUGGCGUGUGGAAAAUGCCACCAGAUGGCGGGUUAGGAUUGCAGCUCCGUUGAAGGCGCGGCCCCCGCUCCCGAACCCCCGGCGACCACCCCGUAACAACCCCCCCACAUCGGGAAUAACACACCGGAGACUUUUGGGGGGAAACUAGGUCGACGGCCGACAGCGCCCGGAUGGGCAGCUGAGGUGUGCCUUUGAGAUUGCAUAACAAGGUAGAAUUAUAUAGAAAUUUCUGUAUUGUGGAAUAACCUCUCCAGCAAUGAUAACUUCAGAGUUACCAGUGUUGCAGGAUUCAACUAAUGAAACUACUGCCCAUUCUGAUGCUGGCAGCGAACUUGAAGAAACAGAGGUCAAAGGAAAACGAAAAAGGGGUCGUCCUGGCCGGCCUCCAUCUACAAAUAAGAAACCUCGAAAAUCUCCAGGAGAAAAGAGCAGAAUUGAAGCUGGAGUUAGAGGGGCAGGUCGUGGAAGAGCUAACGGACACCCUCAACAGAAUGGUGAUGGGGAUCCUGUCACAUUAUUUGAAGUGGUGAAACUGGGGAAAAGUGCAAUGCAGUCCGUGGUGGAUGACUGGAUUGAAUCAUAUAAACAAGACAGGGACAUCGCACUUCUGGAUUUAAUCAACUUUUUUAUCCAGUGUUCAGGAUGUCGAGGUACUGUCAGAAUAGAGAUGUUUCGAAAUAUGCAGAAUGCAGAAAUCAUCAGAAAAAUGACUGAAGAAUUUGAUGAGGACAGUGGUGACUACCCCCUUACCAUGCCUGGCCCUCAGUGGAAAAAAUUCCGUUCCAAUUUUUGUGAAUUUAUUGGAGUCCUGAUUCGGCAGUGUCAGUAUAGCAUAAUUUAUGAUGAAUAUAUGAUGGACACCGUAAUCUCCCUUUUGACUGGUUUAUCAGAUUCCCAGGUCAGAGCUUUUAGGCAUACAAGUACCCUUGCUGCCAUGAAGCUGAUGACUGCUCUGGUGAAUGUUGCCUUAAACCUCAGUAUUCAUCAGGAUAAUACACAGAGGCAAUAUGAAGCUGAGAGAAAUAAGAUGAUUGGGAAGAGAGCCAAUGAAAGGUUGGAGUUAUUACUUCAGAAACGCAAAGAGCUACAAGAAAACCAAGAUGAAAUUGAAAAUAUGAUGAACUCUAUUUUUAAGGGUAUAUUUGUUCAUAGAUACCGUGACGCAAUUGCCGAGAUUCGAGCCAUCUGUAUUGAAGAAAUUGGAGUAUGGAUGAAAAUGUAUAGUGAUGCCUUCCUAAAUGACAGUUACCUGAAAUAUGUAGGAUGGACUCUUCAUGAUAGGCAAGGGGAAGUCAGACUGAAGUGUUUGAAAGCUCUACAAAGCUUGUAUACCAAUAGAGAAUUAUUCCCCAAAUUGGAGCUAUUUACAAAUCGAUUCAAGGAUCGCAUUGUAUCAAUGACUCUUGACAAAGAAUAUGAUGUUGCCGUGGAAGCAAUUCGAUUGGUUACUCUGAUACUUCAUGGAAGUGAAGAAGCUCUUUCCAAUGAAGACUGUGAAAAUGUUUACCAUUUGGUGUAUUCAGCACAUCGCCCUGUUGCUGUGGCAGCUGGAGAGUUCCUUCACAAAAAGCUAUUUAGCAGACAUGACCCACAAGCAGAGGAAGCAUUAGCAAAGAGGAGAGGAAGGAACAGUCCAAAUGGGAACCUCAUCCGGAUGCUUGUUCUCUUCUUUCUUGAAAGUGAGUUACAUGAACAUGCAGCCUACUUGGUGGACAGUCUGUGGGAGAGCUCUCAAGAACUGUUGAAAGAUUGGGAAUGUAUGACAGAGUUGCUAUUAGAAGAACCUGUUCAAGGAGAGGAAGCAAUGUCAGACCGUCAAGAGAGUGCUCUUAUAGAGCUAAUGGUUUGUACAAUUCGCCAAGCAGCUGAGGCACAUCCUCCCGUGGGAAGGGGUACCGGCAAGAGAGUGCUAACAGCCAAAGAAAGGAAAACUCAAAUUGAUGAUAGAAACAAAUUAACGGAGCAUUUUAUCAUUACACUUCCUAUGUUACUAUCAAAGUAUUCUGCAGAUGCAGAGAAGGUAGCAAACUUGCUACAGAUUCCACAGUAUUUUGAUCUAGAAAUCUACAGCACGGGUAGGAUGGAAAAGCACCUGGAUGCUUUAUUAAAACAGAUUAAGUUUGUUGUAGAAAAACACGUAGAAUCAGAUGUUCUAGAAGCCUGCAGUAAAACCUACAGCAUUUUAUGCAGUGAAGAGUAUACGAUUCAGAACAGAGUUGAUAUUGCUCGGAGCCAGCUGAUUGAUGAAUUUGUAGAUCGAUUCAAUCAUUCUGUGGAAGAUCUGUUGCAAGAGGGUGAAGAAGCUGAUGAUGAUGAUAUCUACAAUGUUCUUUCUACUUUAAAGCGUUUAACUUCUUUCCACAAUGCUCAUGAUCUCACGAAAUGGGAUCUAUUUGGUAACUGCUAUAGACUAUUGAAGACUGGAAUUGAACAUGGAGCUAUGCCAGAACAGGAACUGUGGGGAGAAAUUAGAUGCUGGUACUUUAUCCGUCAUCAUGAACUGGAAAUCACCACAUUAUUCAGACUGAGCAUAAUAGAGGAUUUGUUGGUUUUGAGGAAGACAGUGAAAUCUUUUUUGGCUGUUUGCCAACAGUGCCUAUCUAAUGUUAAUACUCCAGUUAAGGAACAGGCUUUCAUGCUGCUUUGUGAUCUCUUAAUGAUUUUCAGCCACCAGUUAAUGACCGGUGGCAGAGAGGGCCUUCAGCCUUUGGUGUUCAACCCAGACACUGGACUCCAGUCUGAACUCCUCAGUUUUGUGAUGGAUCACGUUUUCAUUGAUCAAGAUGAGGAAAACCAAAGCAUGGAGGGUGAUGAAGAAGAUGAAGCUAAUAAAAUUGAAGCCUUACAUAAAAGAAGGAAUCUACUUGCUGCCUUCAGCAAACUUAUCAUUUAUGAUAUUGUUGACAUGCAUGCAGCUGCAGACAUCUUUAAACACUACAUGAAGUAUUACAAUGACUAUGGUGAUAUCAUUAAGGAAACCCUGAGUAAGACCAGGCAGAUUGAUAAAAUUCAGUGUGCUAAGACCCUAAUUCUCAGUUUGCAGCAGUUAUUCAAUGAACUUGUUCAAGAACAAGGUCCUAAUCUGGAUAGGACCUCUGCCCACGUCAGUGGCAUUAAAGAACUGGCACGUCGGUUUGCCCUUACAUUUGGACUGGACCAGAUCAAGACCCGAGAGGCAGUCGCCACCCUUCACAAGGAUGGAAUAGAGUUUGCCUUUAAAUACCAGAAUCAGAAAGGACAAGAAUAUCCACCUCCUAAUCUGGCUUUUCUUGAAGUACUAAGUGAAUUUUCUUCUAAACUUCUUCGACAGGACAAGAAGACUGUUCAUUCAUAUCUAGAGAAAUUCCUCACUGAGCAGAUGAUGGAAAGGAGGGAGGAUGUAUGGCUUCCACUCAUUUCCUAUAGAAAUUCAUUAGUCACUGGGGGUGAAGAUGAUAGAAUGUCUGUGAACAGUGGAAGUAGCAGCAGUAAAACUUCCUCAGUGAGGAGUAAGAAAGGAAGACCCCCACUGCACAGAAAACGAGUCGAAGAUGAAAGUCUGGAUAACACAUGGCUAAACAGGACUGACACUAUGAUUCAGACUCCUGGACCCCUGCCAACCCCACAGCUCACCUCCACUGUGCUUAGAGAGAACAGCCGCCCCAUGGGAGAACAGAUCCAGGAGCCUGAGUCUGAACAUGGUUCUGAACCAGACUUUUUACACAAUCCCCAGAUGCAGAUCUCUUGGUUAGGCCAGCCGAAGUUAGAAGACUUGAAUCGGAAGGACAGAACAGGAAUGAACUACAUGAAAGUGAGAGCUGGAGUAAGGCACGCUGUUCGGGGUCUAAUGGAGGAAGACGCUGAGCCCAUCUUUGAAGAUGUGAUGAUGUCAUCACGGAGCCAGUUAGAAGACAUGAAUGAAGAAUUUGAAGACACCAUGGUUAUUGAUUUGCCCCCAUCAAGAAAUCGUCGAGAAAGAGCUGAGCUGAGGCCAGACUUCUUUGAUUCUGCAGCUAUCAUAGAAGAUGAUUCAGGAUUUGGAAUGCCGAUGUUCUGAAGUCUGAAGAAAAUUUACAAAUCUGGAACUCUAUUAUUUAGAGCUAGAGGCCUAUAUACUGUGAUAGCUUGUAUGGGGGAAGAAACACUUUUGAUGUGACCUGAUUUGUUUUGUAAUCAAAUGAUUAAAGGUUGGUCCCCUUUGCAGUGACAGAGCAGCAUGUCAGUUACCCACAGAAAUGUUGGUAAUGUCACCUCGGAAAGACUGACCAAAAAAAUCAUUUGUACUCUAAUGUUGGACUUAUCUCAGUACAGAUGUGUGUGUGUUUUUCUGAAAGGAGGAAGAUAUUUUAAAUUUUUAAAACAGCUGUCAAAAUAAACACUGUUAUACACCUGUUUUAUGAAAAUUCAGCAUUGAGUAAAAAAAUAUUUUUAACUUUAUUUUCCUGUUGUACAAUUUAAAAACCGUUUUAACAUUUUGCCUUUUUAUGUUUUAAAAGCUAACCAUUUUUAUUAAAUAUGAGUAAGCAGCUCGUUCUAAUCGCCGAAGAGUGUUUUUGGAGCUCACUGGAUUUGGUUGACCUUACAAAACAGAAACAUUGAAGGAACAGAGCAUGGACAAGCUAAAAUAGAGUUCUAACAUCGUGCGUCUCUGCCAAAAACCACACACCCUCUGUGGAUGGAUGUGAAUUCCCAGAUUUUAUAUACUCUUGAAUAAAAAGGUUUAUUUUUAUUUAUAAGUGGGCAUAAAAUAAAUGUCCAUGCAGCCAUUUUUCCAACAGAUGCUGUACACCGUUCAUUUUAUAUAGAAUAGGGAGAUUCAAAUACAGUGCAUUUUCUAUUGGUCUUUGUUCUGUGCAUUUUUAGCAACUUCUACCAGCAAAUAAAGUAUUCUCAGUAAAACAAAAAUGGUUCUCAAGUCAUCGGUCUUGCUGUUUCUAACCACUUGUUUUCAUGCCCUGCCAAAGUCAAGUUACACAGACUUCCAUUUUCCUGAAGUUUCUUUGCCAUUCAAAAGUAAUUUUAAGACAUGUAACUGUCUUUUUCCCAUGCACUUAAUAUACCCCAAACCUGCUAACUUUGUGAAUUUGUUUACCAAUCAUAGAAGUAUGUGCUGCAUAGAAGUCUGUGCUUAGAGGGUGACGUUCCUAAGCUUACCUUGAAAUACAGCUACAUUUCAGUGUUAAGUGUGCAUAUUAAGAAAAAGUCUUUGGGAGAAAGAAAUUCUGACUCUUCAGGACAUUCUUCAGUGGUUUAGAGUUACAAUCUGCUUACUUUUAUGACUUGCUGUUGUUUUUAAAAGCCCACUUAACUUUUUCCUGAUUUGAAUGUAGGCCUUCAAAUUUCCAAACCAGUCCAUCUACAGCUGUUUCUGGGAUGGUUUUUAAAAUAGCUACAACAGAAUCUAGAGGCUUUCCCUUUUUACCAAAAAUGAAGAGCAUUUUUUAAAAGUAUGCGAACUCUAUGAUUAUCUUUUGUGGGGGAAAGCAAAACAUGAUUUUACUCAUCCUUUUAGUAGACAAGAUUUUUCUCAACAUUUGUACAGUUUGGAGGGAAAAAAAACAACUUGGUUACCAAAAUUGUUUUCCCUACUAACUCAGCAAGUCCUAGGCUCCAGUUGAGAGAUCUGGGGCCUUGCUCUCUCCUAGAAAUGUGGGCUCACUGGAACUCAAGGGGCAGGAAUGAAUGGACUGUCCACCUCAGCCCUGUCUGACUAUGGUUCUGGCCAGGGACCUAUCUUUGAGGGGCCCUGGAAUAAGCACAGAGUAAUCCUUUGCUUGACGUCUCCUGUGAACAACACAUGCUGACUUAGAGUUACAGACUACCAUGCAACAACCAAGAAGGCUUAAUCUCUACUCCAAUGGGUUUCCAAGUUCAGUUUGAAGUCAAUCAAAUUUUUGUAUUUUCAGUGUCUCCUUGAUUUUGCUAGUAAUUCUGUAAAUUGUACAUUUGCAAUAUGAAGUUUUUUUUUCCUUUUGUACAAUUUGAAACUGAUGCUUCACCUUUCCUUUAAUAAACUAUUCAAAAUCAG